CACACGCCGGCAGCAGCGCCAGCAACACAUCCGGGGUCUCCCCAUCAUCUUCUCCGUCACACCUACCAGCAGAGGAGAGGGAUCUCUCUCCCUCCACCUCCCCAUCCAUGGCGGCGCCGAGCUGGAUCCGGCUGCCGCGCGCCACCGUAAUCCUGCUCCUGCUCGCCCUCCACCUCUCCCUCUCCCUCGCCGCCCAGUUCGAGGGGUUCGACUCCGACGAGCUCCCCUCCGCCGCCGCCGCCGACGUCGCGUCCUCCGACGAUGACGACGAGGGGCUCGACAUCGACCUCCCGCCCCCUCCGCCCAUCACCGUCUCCGUCUCCGCCCCUUCCCCUCCCGUGACCACCACCACCACUGCCGCAAACCCUAACCUCACCCCCAACCCCGCGGUCACGCCCCCGAAUCCCACCCCCUCGCUCGACUUCUGGGACGAGGACGAGUUCGAGGGCAUCCCCGUUCCAGAAGCGGCGGCCUCCGGCGACUCCUCCGCGCCGGCCGAGUCCGCCUCGUCAGAUCCCUCCGCCGAGGAAGCGGCCGAGGCGGCGCCGGCCGCGCCGAGGGGCCCCGCGGAGCUCCUCCGCGCGUUCGCCGUCGAGAUCGCGUGCGUCAGCUUCCUGAUCUGCUUCGUGCUCAACUACUUCACCGGGAAGCGGCAGAACGAGGCGAUCGCGCUGGCCUGGGCCACCAAGUUCGCCACCAGGGACUCCAUCUUCGACAAGAACUUCAGCCUCCUCGGCACCGGCGACGGGAAGGACACGCCGCUCCUGCUCAAGGAAGGGCAGGACGUGUUCAAGUUCUACGCCAGCGGCAGGCGCUUCUGCCAGGGGGUGCUCGCCACCAUGGAGAUGCGUGCGCGGCACGACCUGCUGUCCAAGCUGCUGGAGCUGGUCUUCCCCAGGAAGGACACCAUCACUUUCGAGGUGGUGAUGAACGAGGAUGCCAUGGACCACGUGAUGGUAGCUGUGGCUAGGAAGAAGGCGGCCAAGGCGAUGCAGAAGGAGGAGAGGGAUCUGCAGAAGUUUGCCUCUGUUCUCGCUCCUGCAUCCGCUGGGAAGAAGUGGGUUGCAGAUGAGCUUGCAGUGGUGGCCGAGUCAAAGGAGGUUGCUGGGGAUAUGAUCACUGAGGCUGUGCUGGAUCAGGUGCUUGGCGAGAAAGCUUUUGAGAAAAUGGGGAAGUGGUUCAUCUCACUUCAUUUUUCAGAUCAACUGGCAGGCUCUUACAAGAAAGUCCUCUCAUUCAAGUUUGUGCUGCCAGAUGCAAACAACAUGGCUGAUAUGACAAAAUUAGUUGCUCUUGUGCCAUUCUACAUUGAUUUGGUUGGACGAUACAAGCUGAGCUCACAUGCACGCUCAAAAACUGAUGCUGCUAGGACGAAGGCCGCCCAGGAGGCUUUCAGGGAACUUCAGGGUGUCAGGCAGGAAACCCUGCUGAGGAAAAAGGCCGAAAAGAAAAAACUCAUGGAAGAGGCAGAGGCCAAACUUAGCGCCGAGGUACUCCGGAAGAAAGAAGAGAAAGAGCGGAAUCGGCAGAUGAAGAAGGGGGCGCCCAAAGUUAAAAUGCUGCGCUCGUAAUAACAUCAAGAAUCUGUCAUAGUUAUUGGCUUUGCUGUUCACUCGCUGAUUAGCCUAUCUAUAGUUCAGCAUCGGCUAGACUCUUUUAUGUUCCAAUUUUGGGCCAUCAGAUUUGCUGUUAUGAGAAUCAAGCGAAAGUAAGAGAAAAAGAAAUGCUGACAAGAUGCCCGGUCCAAGUGUUUUCGUCGCAUGUUGGUGGUUCCGUCUAUCUGAUUCGGGUGCACAGCAGCUCAUUUGUAAGAAAAAACUCAAGACACUUCCCUGAUUUGCUGUGUAAUAGUAUGUUGAUAGAUCUGUGGUCAGAAACUACACUUGGCUUACAUGGUUUCAUGUUUAAGCCGGCUUGCUUGCUGUUAGCCUGUCAAUGCUCACUUUACUCA